AUGGCUUCCUCGCAGCUAUCCUCAGUGGUAAGCCACCCUCAAGUUCUUCAAUGGACUGCCAUUUCGGCGGCCGCAACUCUAGGUCUCGGCCUGCUAGCGUACGAUCUCCAGAAAAAGAAGGCUGAGAUGUCAGAAGAGUGCAAUGUGAAGCUGAAGAUUGAGGCUCUAUAUCACUACCCAGUCAAGGGCUUGGGCGGCUGCAAGAUUGAGGCAGGCAAAAUUGGACCUCAAGGGUUCGAAGAUGAUCGAUCUUUCUGCCUCCAGAAGAUCCACCGCGAUGCAGACACUCAUCAGAUUACACAAUGGGAAACCAUGUACAGCGGCUUCCACCUUCAGAUGAUCCUCUUUAAACAGAAGGUUGAAGUAGAAAACGACGGGGAAAAAUACCUUACCGUGACUAGAGUGGGACCUGAAAACCCAACGCCAGAGCAACUUGACUACACUGGUUCAGAGCAUCAGAUCCGGUUCUCAUUGAGACCCGAGGUGAAAGCGCUAGAGAAAGUGCACCUAGAUCUCCAUGGAAGCGCGACGGAUGCGUUUGACAUGGGCGAGGAUAUCUCUGCUUUCUUCACUAAGUAUCUUGGCUUUGAAACCCACCUCGUGUAUAUUGGCACAAACUCGAGGGUCGUCCUAGGCUCAGGAGCGCCAAGCAGCCCUCUCGCUAUCGCGAAACGAUCACCGUAUACUGCGCCUCUCCGCCGCCUGCUUCCCUCCUUCCUCACACCACAAACGGAAACAAUCACUUUCCAGGACAUCGGCCAGUACCUUGUGGUGACAAAAGAGUCAAACGAUGAAGUUUCAUCACGACUGGAUGAAGGUGUGGAGAUGGAGAUCACCAAAUUUCGUCCCAACAUUAUCGUUUCUGGUAGCCCUGAACCAUAUGAUGAAGACUAUUGGGCUCAGCUUGUUUUUCCUAGUGGUAUCAAAAUGGAAUUUGGUGGUACGUGCUGGAGAUGCCAGGCCAUCACUGUCGAUUACAAGACUGGCAAGAAAGCAGAAGGCGAUGAGGGGAUGGUAUGGAAGAAGUUAGCUAAGGAUAGACGUGUGGACAAAGGGUGGAAGUAUGGUCCAGUUUUCGGAAAGUAUUCGUAUACGAGUUUAAAGGAUACUGGGAAGGAGAUCAGGGCAGGUGAUGAGGUUGUGCUGACGAGACGAAAUAAGGAGCGUCCGAUUUUCGACUGGCCACUGUCGAAAGCUAUAGUAGCAGCUUUCAAGUAG